AUGACACUCUUAAGUAACCAACCCAUGAAAACUUAAUUACUUACCUACUCCACCAUAGUUAUUAUAAUAGUUUCAGUCCUAACAUAUCUAACAGGAUAUUUCGGAGGUUAGUAUAUGCUACAAGAUUUUUUGGUUUAAUCUGACAUUAUCUAUGAAAGAGUAAAUUCAAAUAAAUCCAGCCUUACAAACUAUUAUUUAAAGCAUUUUAAUUCGUAUUUUGAAAUAAGUAAUUUGUCUAAUCAUAAGAAUAGACUCUAAUCCAUUAAUUAUUCUAAAUAAAUUAUACCUGCAUUAUUUAGGAAUUGUAACUACUAAUGAAAUAAACGUCAAUAACUUUGGAGGUUUAAACUCAUUUCCCUCAGUUUUGGCAGAUAAAAAAAGUUAGAAAUUUUCUGAUUCAAUAUUUUGUUAUGCAUUUAAGCAGGAAUUUUUGGAAUAGAAUACUGAAGUAAUUUAAGAAGUCUCAUUUGCAGAUUUUUUGGCACCCUUAGGGUAAAUCAUUCAUUCGUAAUUUGAUGAAAAUAGGCCACUGCUCUAUGGAUACAUAGUAAAAAAUCCAUAGAUACUAUAUUCGUAUCCAUGCUAUUCAUAUGGGGAAUCAUUUGAAGAAUAUGUUCCAGAAUCUAGGCCAUGGUUUAAAGUGGCUUAGAAUACAUCUGAGAAAGUUGCUGAAAAUUUUGAAUACGAAUAUUCAGUAUCAGAUCCAUACUUAUGUAAACUAAUGAUACUUAUAUAUCAGUUAAUUAAGCAAAAGAAAUUGGAAUAACGUUGUCAUUGCCAUUGAUCGAUCGAAACUUGUAGUUUUAAGGAGCAUGGUGCAUGGACAUCUUCCCUGAAUACUUAAUAUCAACUACUGAAAAAAUGACAUCUAGAUUUAAAAGUGUAAGUAUACUGAUAGUGAGUACAGAUGGUAUGAUUAUAAAAGAUGACGACAACAAAAUUGCCUUCCCGGUUUACUUUUAUAAUCAAAGUAUCACUGGAUUUGAUAUGACUUAAUGGUAAUAGUUGAAGGGAAGUGAUUAAGAAGAAUAUCAAUUUUAAAAUAGUUUAAAAGGGGCUCAAAGUAUCCUUAAAUUUUAUUUGAAAAAACAACAAUUGUUUAUUUUAUUGUAUUAAAUACAUUUAUUUAGAUUAGCAUAGUUGAUUCGAAUUAGUAUAUCAGCUAUCUUAUGGAGUACUAAAUCAGUUAAUAGUAAAAAAUAAAUGAGUACCUACGCUUCACAUUGAUACUGUUGUUGAUGACCUUCUUUAUUUUACUAUUAUUAGCAUAUUUGAUAAUAUCAUUCUUGAUAAUGAGACCAAUAGAGGAGAUAAUAUGGUUUUUUUAAAUCAGAGAGAGCAAAACUAUGAAGGAGAAGUACGAGGAUUUGUUAAAGACAAGGUUUAGAUAUAGAAGCCAUGCUUAUAUUAGUCCGACUAUCAAAGUGUUAUAGGAGGCAGCAUACAGAUUAAACUAUUGGAAUUUCAAAAAGAAAAAUUAAAAGAAUGCGUAAUGUAGUUUGUUGCAAUUGUUCUAAUUUCCUAAAAAUACACAACGUCAAAAGAUAAGUUUGGCGGAAUCUAAAUUAUCAGACACACACUAAAUGUUGCAAUAAUAGGAGUUUCUAGGAAUGAUUAGAUACAGUCAUGAUUAGAGAUGA